GGUUCAAGUGCGCGUUUUCUCCUUGAACCUAGAAGAUUAUGGGUCAAGAGCUGUGUACAAAGACUCUCCAGCCUGGAUGCAGCUGCCAUCGCUGUUGGGAGGGAGGCGAUGCACACAGCUGUCAGAGGACUGCGCCUGUGCCGGCGGAGGCUGCGAUCGAGCUAACAGACCUAAAAGAAGCAUCAUGUUCCAUGACUUCAUUUCACCCCAGGGGACUUCAGGCGGUCCGUGCCCGGAAGUACAAGAGUAAAAGGCCACGGAGUAACAGUGAUUCUUUUCAGAAAGAGGAUCUGAGGCAGGGUUUUCAGUGGAGGAAGAACCUCCCUUUUGGGGCAGCCUCAUCUUACUUGAACUUGGAGAAACUGGGUGAAGGUUCUUAUGCCACAGUUUACAAGGGGAUUAGCAGGAUAAAUGGACAACUAGUGGCUCUAAAAGUCAUUAGCAUGAAUGAAGAGGAAGGAGUCCCAUUUACAGCUAUUCGGGAAGCUUCUCUCCUGAAGGGUUUGAAACAUGCCAAUAUUGUGCUCCUGCACGACAUAAUCCAUACCAAAGAGACACUGACAUUUGUUUUUGAAUACAUGCACACAGACCUGGCCCAGUACAUGUCUCAGCACCCAGGAGGGCUUCAUCCUCACAAUGUCAGGCUUUUCAUGUUUCAACUUUUGCGGGGCCUGGCAUACAUCCACCACCAACACGUUCUUCACAGGGACCUGAAACCUCAGAACUUACUCAUCAGUCACCUGGGAGAGCUCAAACUGGCUGAUUUUGGUCUUGCUCGGGCAAAGUCUAUUCCCAGCCAGACAUACUCUUCAGAAGUUGUGACCCUCUGGUACCGCCCUCCUGAUGCCUUGCUGGGAGCCACUGAAUAUUCCUCUGAACUGGACAUAUGGGGUGCAGGCUGCAUCUUUAUUGAAAUGUUCCAGGGCCAACCUUUGUUUCCUGGGGUUUCCAACAUCCUUGAACAACUGGAGAAGAUCUGGGAGGUGUUAGGAGUCCCUACAGAGGAUACCUGGCCUGGAGUUUCCAAGCUACCUAACUACAAUCCAGAAUGGUUCUCACUUCCUAAGCCUCAAAGUCUUCAGAACAUCUGGAACAGGUUGGGCAGGGUUCCUGAAGCUGAAGAUCUGGCUUCCCAAAUGCUGAAAGGCUUUCCUAGAGACCGAGUUUCCGCCCAGGAAGCACUGGUUCAUGACUAUUUCAGUGCCCUGCCUUCUCAGCUGCACCAGCUUCCUGAUGAGGAGUCUUUGUUUACAGUUUCAGGAGUGAGGCUAAAGCCAGAAAUGUGUGACCUUUUGGUCUCCUACCGGAAAGGUCACCUCCCAACCCAGUUUAGCAAAUGCUGGUGAAAGAGAGGGCGACAUCACCAAUAUCCU